UCCUCAACCCAGUCUUUCCCCAAAAUGCUCAUCAGGAGGUCCCGAGCUGGGCUAUUGGUGAUCGCCAUCGCGCUCCUCCACAUCGUGCUCUUCUCGCUAUGGACCUACAAUCCAGACUCCACCAUCCGUGACAUCAUCACCACCAACCUCUCUGGUCUCAAGCAGACGUUCUUGAAGCAGCACGAUAGAACCGAUUUCUCGGUGUUCAAUGCAAAGCUCUACGCCAAGUUCCAGAAAGUGUACCUCUCGAGGCCAGUCGAAGAGAUCGAUGACGACCAGCGCAAAUUGCAGCUAUACCAGUUAGACAUGACCAACGACGAGAAAUUCAACUCGUUCGUGCUCCCGCCACAGUUGGCAGAGCCAGACGAGCUGGCCAUUCCCGAAUUGCUCCACUUCGACCCUCGUUUCACCUUUGGCAUCCUCCUCAACUACGUGAGCAAACGAAUCGAGCUGGGCCACUUUGCCUCCAAGGACGACAUGAUACUUCCGUUUUUCCACUGGGCCGACUACGUGGACACGUCGAUCUUGCAACAGCACUUGUUGAGCCAUAAGAAGACUGGCUGCGAAUUUUUUGACCACACCACUGCCAGCCCCACCAAGAACACCAGGCUCGAGUUGUUUGAUCCGGCACUGUUCUGCGUGGAUGACCAGAACAUUGACACUAUGAUCGAAGAGCUCGACAGAGUAAUUGCCACAAAUCUGGCAACGCCAGAAACCAUCGAUAUCAGAAAGAAUCUCGAGAUCCUCAAGCGCAACAAGUACUCCACAGGAUUCCACAUCUUUGGCAACCCAGGCCGUUCAGCCAAGGUCAAGCGUGUGCUUGAGGCCAAGUCCUACUUGAACGACUUCAUGCCCCCUCCGCUUUCCAUCAACAUGUUGCUCCCCAACCAUCAGAACAUCCACAUCAAAGUCAAUCAGGACGUCUCCAUGGCCAAACGAAGAAUGAAGGAUUGCCGUCUUCUCAACGAUUACGUCUCUGAUUACAGAUCCGAACACACCAUUGAGUUGCAAGUGUCUACCGAUAUCGUAGUGAAUGUGAAAGACGAGAUAACCAGGUUGGCUGAAAAUUUAAACAGAGACAGUGCUCUUGUGAUACCGCCAGCAAAUUUGUCGUAUUUCAGACACAUGGACCAUCUGCAAUUCAUCGACAAGUCCGAGGAGUAUGUGAACGAAAUCCAGUCCAAACUCGACGGUGGACAGUCCAUAUCUUUUACGGAAUUCAGGUACCUCGAAUCGCUUAAGGUUUCCAUGAGUACCUUUUCCCCUCCCAAGUACUUUAGCGAAGCCAAAAUUGUCCAGAAGGAGUCCAGCUGGGAGCUUGGUGGACACUACGAUUGGAGAUUCUUCAAUGGAAUCAUCAAUUACACAGAUUCACAGCCACCAGUGUUGUUCGGAUUAUUGCGUGCUUGGUUGCGUUUUACCAAUGCGAACAACUUCUCUACUUGGAUCGCUCAUGGGUCACUCUUAUCCUGGUAUUGGAAUGGAAUGGCAUUUCCAUGGGAUAAUGACAUCGACGUACAAAUGCCGGUAGACGAGUUGCAUCGGAUGGCCCGUUCGUUCAACCAGUCCAUCAUCGUUGACUUUGGAGACGAUGCUACAUCACAAGAAAUAAGAUACGGACGUUACUUCUUGGAUGUGGGAACCUUCAUCACUCAACGUAUGAGUGGGAAUGGUUACAACAACAUCGAUGCCAGGUUUAUUGAUAUUGAUACUGGUCUUUAUAUUGAUAUCACUGGCCUUGCAUUGACCCCCACCCGUUCCCCAGAUAGAUAUAACGACUUAUUAUCUCCCGAAUGGACACGAGACAGAUCCAAGACGGAAUUGGAAAGGAACGAAUUCUUGAAGGUCUACAAUUGCAGGAACAACCAUUUUUCUCUUCUUGAUGAAUUGAGCCCUCUCAAAAUGUCUAUUGUGGAGGGCCAAGUCACCUACGUUCCUAAUGGAUUCGAACAAUUGUUAGUCAAUGAAUAUCAUGAAGCUGGCUUAUCAAGUUAUUCAUACAAGGGCUACGAGUAUAUUCCACAAUUGAGGCAAUGGAUGAAAAUAAGAGACUUAAACAACUUUAUCAAAGAGCACCACAUGGAAGCUGGUAAAGAUAGUAAAGGCAAGCCUUUACCAGUGGUGUUUUCCGACGAGGAUUUCAUCAAAUUGAUAUUCGAACACAGCUAUUCGUUAUUCGAAUACUUAGUAAGUAACAAUGUUACUGAAUUUCACGAAAGUGAAAUCAUUCAGUUGAUUGAAACUGACCAAGCAUCAGAGUUCUUUUUUGACCAAGAUGGGAAUUUUGAUUUCACUCCAUUCUUGAUCCGUCAUGAUUACUUCACCUACCUCGCUCAAAAAAGCAAGUAUGACUACGGUGCUACAUUUAAGAAAACGCUCGAGCAAAUCGACGAGUUUGAAAAAGUUAAUGAAAAAUUGCAAUUAACAAGAACAUCACAGGGUCCGUUAAAGACGGCUUCACCCUGAUGAUUUCAUAGCUAAUAGAACGAUAAUGACCAUGAUAGCCACGCAUACAAGUGUGAGGUAAGGAUGUAGUGACCACGACAACCACAACCACACAGAGUGCUCGUAAUGAACAAUUAGAACGUAUUCAAGAGAUUAGGACCACAACAUGCAUUCUUUUGCAGAAUUUACUCAUCACGAAGGAUUAAAUAUCCUCCAUGGGUCCAUUUGUCUUAGA